AUGGACCAGGGAAAUAAAACCCAGGCCUGGGUGAGCGAGUUUAUUCUCCUGGGGCUGUCUCGUGUCUGGGAGAUUCAGAUAUUCCUCUUUGUAUUGAUCCUGGUUAUGUACUUAGUGACCAUCGUGGGAAAUGUCCUCAUUCUUUUUCUGAUCAGAUUGGACAGCAGGCUCCAUACGCCCAUGUACUUCUUUCUUAGUGUCUUAUCCUUUGUCGAUCUCUGUUAUGCAAACAGCAUUGCCCCACAAAUGCUCGUUCACCUCCUUUCAGCUCGCAAGACCAUCCCAUUCCUCAACUGUAUGAUCCAGCUCUACGUGUCCUUGGCCUUGGGUGGCUCCGAGUUCUUCCUGCUGGGUGCCAUGGCUUAUGACCGCUAUGUGGCCGUGUGCCACCCACUGCACUACACAGUCAUCAUGCACGGAGGGGUGUGCCUGGGACUGGCUGCCGGCUGCUUGGUGGGUGGUUUCACGAAUUCCCUGAUGGAAACAGUCAUCACCUUCCGGCUCCCUCUGUGUCGCAACGUCGUGAACCACUUUGCCUGCGAGACUCUAGCCGUGGUGCGGCUGGCCUGCGUGGACACCUCCUUCAACCUGGUCAUGGUGGCCAUCUCGGGCUUUCUGGUCAUCAUGCUUCCUUGCUCCCUGGUCCUCUUCUCUUACGGCCGGAUCGUGGUUGCCAUCCUGCGGAUUCCUUCCAGGCAGGGGCGCAGGAAAGCCUUUGGCACGUGCGCCUCCCACCUCGCUGUGGUUUGCAUGUGCUUCGGGGCUACCAUAUUCACCUACCUGGGACCACGCUCAGCCUCCUCCGAGGAAGGGGAGAAGAUGGUAGCGCUCUUCUACGCGCUGGUAGCACCCAUGCUGAACCCCUUAAUUUACAGUCUGAGAAAUAAAGAAGUCAUGGGAGCUUUCCAGAAGGCUUUGGAGAAACUAAGGGAUAAAGGAUGA